AAAGUAGACACAUCAAAUGAUGGCUGAAGUGAAAAGGUGAAGGAGAAAGCCCAAGCCAAUGGAGGAGGCCGUACAGUUUUCACUUCUACAGAAAGACAAAAAUGGGCUUGAUGGCAGAUUCAUCAGUGAUUUUAAAGGGAGAGGUGUGUUCAGCUGUACUGAGUUUGAUAAAGGAGACUUCCUGCUGGAAUACAGAGGCGACCUCAUAAGCAAAGAAGAAUAUGAGCGGAGGCAAAGGAUAUAUCAUGAUGCACUUAAAGUUUUCAUGUUUGAGUUUCGCUACAAUGGAAAACUCCUCUGUGUCGAUGCAGCCCGAGAUGACGGUUCUCUUGGGCGACUUGUAAACGACGACCAUAUUAACCCAAACAGCAGGAUUAGGACUAUAUCUGUGGAUGGAAAACCUCACUUAUGCUUAUUUGCGACAAGGAGCAUCUCUCCUGGUGAAGAGAUCACAUACGAUUACGGUGAUUCUGAGUGGCCAUGGCGAGGCACGGCUCGUAGUGAGGUUGAACCAUCCACUCACACUCUGUCCCGGUCAGAAGUCAGAGACCUAGAGAAGGCUCGUUGUGAGGUUGAACCAUCCACUCACACUCUGUCCCGGUCAGAAGUCAGAGACCUAGAAAAGGUGGCUCCAAAGAAGGACCAGUUACCAUUGGAUCAGGACUGUGUUGAGAAGAUGUCACUUGUCAAAGAGCAUGUUUUAAAUGAGGAGCAGAGCUUUUGUGCCCCUGCUGAAGGAGUUAAGGAGGUCUGCAAACAUGUUGUGGUCACUUCAGCAAUAUCAAGCAUGGACAAAUGUGCUGAAUGCGUGGGACCUGUAGCAGCACUCAAAUGGAUUGGCCUGAGAUGCAAAUUGUGCUCCAGUUUUUGGCACAAGUCCUGCUAUUCGAAGCUUCAUGAAUGGAAUGGAAAACGGUCAUCGUGGGAAGUAAGUUCAGAGGAAGACGAGCUGUCAGAUGAGGAAUAUAUACCACAGUCUGAGUCAGACAAUCAGUCAGACAGUUCAGAUGAGUUGACAACAAGACCGGCAUGUUACGAUCAAGCUAAUCUCCUCUCAGAUAUACAGGAAGCUGCAUCCUCUAAGUUUAGUGAACCUCAGAGAUCAGAUGUAACUGUGUCUAAGGGCAAAGGAAAAGGAGUCUUAAAGGCCAGGGAAGCAGCAAGUGUGUAUGAUGAGUCUGACUUACUUUGCCAUGAAGAGCAGUUGACUGAUGUUGAGACAGACAGUGAUUCAGACUGUUCUGGUGAACGUCACCUUCCCAGAAAGCAAGGCUCAGUGGUACGCAGGUCAACAGAUGUGCUUAUAUCACCCCAAUCACACAAUAGAAAGGACAGUAGUGAGAAGUUUUUGAAUGCAAAGAGCACAGCUACGUUGAGAGAGGAAGAGAGGGAAAGCAGCGUGGCUGAAGAAGAUCAGUGUGUGCAGUCAGCAACAAUCUCCUGUUCAGCAAAUAGUAAGAAUUAUUGUUACAUCUGCGGGAAACCACAGUCCAAGUUAGCGCGCCAUUUGAAAACUCAUAAGGAUGAAGUUGAAGUUGCACAGGCUUUGUCACUCCCGGUUCAUUCGAAAGAACGUAAAGCAAUGCUGCAAAAGCUCAGGAACAAGGGCAACUUUCAGCAUAACACAGAUGUGUUACAGUGUGGAGAGGGGGCUCUUAAAAUAAAACGGGCACCAAAAAGAAAGUGUGAUUCAAAGCAGAUUGUGCAUUGCAUGUACUGCAAAGGGAUGUUUGUACGGAGAGAUCUGUGGCAUCAUUUCAGACGAUGUUCCUCAAAACCAGCAGCUGACAGUGAAAACCAAGGGAGGAGGAGAGUUUUGGGCCUGGCGUCUAUGGCAGAGUCUUCAUUCACUCAGAACAUUUCUCAAGGAGUUUGGAAACUCUUAGGUGUGAUGAAGCAGGAUGAUAUUUCCGCUGUUGUCAAAAAUGGCCUAAGUAUUCUUCAGCUUGCACAGUCUUUCUUUAACAAACAUGGGCAUGACCCUACCAAAUUUGAGUACAAUCGACAAAAACUCCGUGAAGUUGCAAGAUUGUUGUUGACUUUGCGUAGAGAGUUUUCAAUAUACAGUCUUGAAGAAGCUGUGAAGCCUGCCAAUUUUCAUAGACUCAUUCGAGCGGUUCAGAUGGUGUCUGGCUAUGAUGAUGAGAGUCACUGCUACCAAAGCCCAAGCCUUGCUCUAAAACUGGGGCACUCGUUGAAUAAGAUUAGCGAAAUCAUUCACUGCCGAGCACUGAUGUCUGAAGACAAGGAACUGAUCGCGUCAACAGAGACCUUUAAAAAGCUCUACUCCUCAAAGUGGUCUGAGAUGAUCUCACACACUGCUUUGGUCACACUGAAUGAGGCCAAAUUUAACAAGCCAUCAACACUUCCUUCACUCAGGAUGUCCAGUCCCUUCAUCGGUUCCUUGAGAAGACUGCACAUACGGCUUUUCAGAAACUAA